UCAAACGAAAUGAACAAAGCAGCAGGAAACAAACUGUAACGUUAAGAGAGUGGACAGGAACUCAAGACUAGUCUAGAGUUUGCGCAUGGUAAAUUGGAGAGUCAGGACAAAGCGCUACAUGAGAAUGGGGAAAAAACUGAAACAACUGGAGGAAGACCUGGCUAAAUCUGUCGAGAUUCUUGAAGGGAUUGAUAAAAAGAUGGACUAUUUGGAAAAUCAAUCAUGGAGGAGCAAUAUCAUCAUUGACGGUGUCCUUGAGGAAUGUGAAAACUGGGAAAUGUCAGAAAUGAAAGUACAAGAAAUACUAGGAAAGAAAUUGGGACUGAAUGUGAAGUAUAUUGAAAUAGAACGGGCCCAUAGAGUUGGGAAGUUUGAUGACAGUAGGCCGAGACAGAUCGUAGUAAAACUCCUGCGCUACAAGGACAAGCAGAUGAUACAAUCACAUGCGAAGAAACUUAAAGGAACACGGAUUUACAUCAAUGAAGACUACCCUGACUUAAUCAAGAAGAAAAGGAAGGAGUUCAUGCCUGAGCUGCGUGCUGCCUGGGAGAGGGAUGAUUCUCCAGUGCUGAGGAACCCACCCACCACCAGAGAUCAGGACAAGGCAGGUAAAAGGGGAAAAAGAACGGUGUUGAGUCAAGAUGGAAGGUUCAAGCAGCAGCAGUCCCUCCAAAACAGCCUUCCAUUCCCGGCAAUAUCGCCAUCACUUCAACUUCAAAAAUGUGCAACACAAGAACAUCUAUGUCCAGUGCAAUUUGUGCAAGCCAAAAAUAAAAUUGAAGUCAUCCGCAAACAAAGACCUCAACUUCAAAUCUGAAGAAACACUUAGAGAGAAAACAUGCUGGGAAUUUUACGAAGAGCACACAGAGGGCUGACACAGAGGCUUCAGGACCUAGCAAUGCAGAUCAGCAGACUCAUGGAGAGCCACAAGUGAAAUAAGCAAGGCUUGAACAAUUUGUGAAUACUUCCCAAACCAAAGUAAAUUCCCUUGUCUUCAGUUUCAUUGUGGAUGAUGUCCAGUCAUUCUCUUUAUUGGAACAGCAUGCGUUCAGGAAACUAAUUCAGGGCAUAAGUGGGGGAAAGACUGUAAUGACCCGAAAGACACUGAUGGCUAGGCUUGAUAAGGCAUACACGCACAUGAAAGAGGAACUUAAAGCAAAGCUAGGCAAAGUGCAUUCAGUGUGCACAACAGCUAGUAUUUGGACAGCUUCCAAUAGGACCUUUUUUGGGAUGACUUGCCUUUGAUAUCGAGGGCGACGAGCUGGAGGCGGAAAUCGGCAGCACUUGUCUGUGCAAGGAUUCAAGGCAGACACCCAUAUGACAUAGUUGCUGCUAAGAUACAUGAGAUUCAUGUGGCUUACAACAUCGAAAAUAAAGUCCAAGCUACUGUCACGGAAAAUGAGUUUUCAACAGCAAGUGAUGACCACGAUGAGGCAGAUGACCAAGGUGAAUUCCAGGAUGUGGAUGCUAUUCUUGCUGAAGAGACAGAUGAAGACCUGCAUCUCUUUCUACCACCCCACCAGAGAUGUGCAUCACACACAAUGAAUCUGAUAGCCUCCAAGGAUCUUGUGAAAGCUUUGACACAGGGGCCAAUGCGCAAAGUGUACUACAAUGCAAUGGCCAAAUGCUCAGCCUUAUGGAACAAGGUCGACCGAUCACCAUUGACUGCUGAAGCUGUGGAAGACACAAUGAAACUCAUUGUUCCAUGUGUUACUCGCUGGAACUCAGAAUAUAAUGCAGUGCAAAAAGUUGUGUCUUUCAGUGAGGCACAACUGGCGGAAGUUUGUGACUGCCUGGAGAUUGCCAGGAUGCUUUCCCAUGAGAUUGCCUUCUUGAAAGAAUAUGCUGAGGUCUUGAAGCCACUCACCUUCGCUCUUGACCUUCUGCAAGGAGAAAAGAAAUGCUUCUUUGGACUGCUGAUACCCACACUACUUACUCUGAAGAAGAAGCUAUGCAUGAAGAGAGCUGCAACACGCUUUUUCUCUGAUGUCAUUGGCACCAUCCUGGCAGCAAUAGACACACCCUUUGCACAGUUGUUUAACAGUCAGGAUGCAAAAAUUGCAGCAGCAACUAUGCCACAGUUCCGUUUGUGGUGGCUGGCAGAAGCUGAAAGAGAGGAAAUGCAUGCAAUGUUGGUGUCAGAGGCAACCUGCCUGGAUCCAGGUGAUGAUGCUGAGUCGACAGCAGUGUGAAUUCUACACGGUCAGAUGAGGGUUUCUUCAGUUAUGGACCUGGAAACUCCAAUGUCAAAGGUGGUGUUGCUGAUGAAGUCCGGAAGUAUCUAAAGGGGAUGUGGCAAACACGCCUGCCACAAGCCACCGAAGUGGCUUUCCUAGGGCCCCUCCGGCACAGAGACACAGGGAGAAGAUGUUCAAAUAGUCCACAUUUAUUUACGAGGGUUUGGCAAGAUCUUACAGCCAAAGCGAGCAGAUGUAACACAGUCAUGACCAAAGUGUCUCGUGUGUGGGUGGGGAUGGCAGAUUUAACCUGUGCGCAGUGAUUACCUCACUACGCACAGGUGCAGCCACUCCUGUUCCUGGGUCCAAUUAGCCUGGCCAAUUAUCUAAUUCUUAACCAAUUAUCCAAUUGGCCAGGUCUAAUUAGCUUGACCCAGGGCAGGUGUGGUUGCUUAAACCAGCCAUCCCCACACCACAGGGGACAAGUAAGACGCUGGACUGCCUUAAUGACUUUCCAAGGGUAAAGAGGCUCUUCCUUAAAUCCAACACCAUCUUACCCACAAGUGCACCUGUCGAACGGCUCUUCAGCCAUGGUGGCAACAUCUUUACCCCCCAGAGGAACCGCUUGACAGAUGAACAUUUUGAACAAGUGCUCCUCUUGCAUUACAAUUAGGGAUGUAAUGAUACACUCAGCUCACGGUUCGAUUCGAUUCACAAUACUAUGUUUACGGUUUGAUUCUUCCACAAUAUUUUUAAGAAAAUCAAUUGAACUGACACUGGAAUGAAAACAAAGGAUUUAUUUUUGAUGCAUUAACAAUGCUGAACUAUUGUUGUCUUUUUCUACCAUUAAACCAAAUGUGGUGACA